AUUCCAUUGACUCCAGUUGAACCUUGUUACACAACCUGCAGAAUGACAAUGCAGACGCAGCCCCGCUUUUGACUGACAGUCGAUGCAAAUCCAACAACAAAAGACAUUCUUAUGCAGGAGUGGAGUGAUGGUCAGCGAGUCCCGAACCAGGCCACGUUAAUGAAGUCAAGCAAAUGAGCAAAUACUGGUCAACUGAGCCCGAGACAAACACACAACAGUUCUAAAAAUCCUAAUUAUUCUGAUUAUAAAAACUUACAUAAACAUAAAAGUUAAGUCUAGAAUAAAAGUGUUAAAACAAAAGUAUAUCACUAACGUCUUCUACUGAUUUCCUGAUACACUCCAGUUGUUGGAAUCACAUUUGUUGUGUUACUGUAUUUUUUGGAGCCGGGUAUGUUCUGUGUGUGUGUGUGUGUGUGUGUGUGUGUGUGUGUGUGUGUGUGUGUGUGUGUGUGUGUGUGUGUGUGUGUGUGUGUGUGUGUGUGUGUGUGUCUGUGUGUGACAGUGCAAUUUGGGAAAUAGGUCAUCCCAGUCUCAGGAGUCUGGCAGGGUGACAAACACAAAAUGGCAUGAUUGCUUCCUAAACAAAUCCCAUGAAUUCAUGGGCCUCAGACAAGAUUCCAGUCUGUGAUUUUUGGCCCCGGCGCUGUGAUUUUUACUGGGUAUUGCUGAAUGCAGGGCUUUUUCAGCAACUGGGAUGGGUUUAAAGAGCAACCUCACAAUGGCUGCUUUGUGCUGGGCUGAGCUACUUAGGGGAGGCAGAGAGGCUCUCAGCGGCCGCCAAAACCUCCAAGACAGCACGACUCCAGAUGCCGUCUUCAUUUUACAGAGUCACAAAACGCCAACCCCCAAAGUCAAGCCGCACUUCAUGCUCUGAAACGAAACCAAAGUUACUGGAUUCGCCACAAACGGGGCUUUAAUCUAAACAUACGCGCCGCACUGAGCGGUGGCGAAACGCAAACAUGUAAAUAGAGCGCGUGUCAGGAGCAGCGGAUCAUUCAUCCUUGUGCUAUCACUGCCAUCUACAGAUCAGCCGGGAAAGUUCAGAGCGGCCGCCGUGGGUCUGCGCUCACACCGCACCAGUAAAAUGCAGCCAUCACUGUAAAUGAUAACGCUGACUUGGAGUCAAGUGAGCGCUGACAAAGCGCCUUGUUGACGCCGUUGUACAGUAUCACAUUCACCGGUGCCACAGCUUGAUUCCUUUGGCAAACGCAAUUACUUUAACUACACAGGCAUAAAAUGUGUUAAAGAACGUGAUUACUGGUGCAGCCAAGGUGGGAGGGGUGGGAGCGGCCGAGGGCAGGCAGAUAAAGCAUCUACUCCUAAUGACUCCCCUUCAGCCGAGCACACCGGCGACGCCAUGGACAUCGGCUCGGCCAUUUUAAUAAUUGGCUUCGCUGCUCUCCUCGCAGCCUUCCUCCUCCUCGUAAUUGGACUCGUGCACUCGGAGCUGAUGAAUUCAGACGUUCCUCGCGGGGUUACAAAUAGAGGGAAGCUGCACUGGGUUCAUGGCUUGUUGGUUGGCGUAGCGGUUGUGGGCCGGAUUCUGCAUCGUCUGGGCGUUUGUCAUCAGAUCAGCUUCAUCCGCUGGUUCGUGGCCCGUCAUCUGCUUGGGUCCAGGCCAGUUCCGGCAGGGCUCAGAGUCAAAGACCUGCAGUUCUGCGAGGUGCCGGUGAGAGUCUACGAGCCGACCAGCGUUCGCGGCGGCUUGAGGAGAGGUCUGGUCUACUUCCAUGGAGGAGGCUGGGUGUUGGGGAGUAUAGAUUCUGUUGACGAAGUCUGCCGCUACCUCGCACAAGAGUCGGACUCCACCGUCGUUUCUGUCGGCUACAGAUUAGCCCCUGAGCACCGGUACCCCGCCCCGCUGGACGACUGCCAGGCCGCCACGUGUCACUUCCUGUCUGCGGCCGAGGCAGAGUUCGGCGUGGACCCGCGCAGAGUGGCGGUCGGGGGAGACGGCGCCGGCGCUAACCUGGCAGCAGCGCUGUGCCAGCGGCUGGCGAGGGCCGAGGACGGACAUCUGCCGUCGCCCCGCGCCCAAAUCCUCCUCUACCCCGCGCUGCAGAUGGCAGAUUUCAACUUGCCCUCGUACCAGCAAAAUCAUGCUGUGCCCAUAUUGUUCCGUGGCCGGAUGGCGUUCUACUUCCUGCAGUACCUCAGCGGGGACGUCUCGCUGUGCCAAGACGUGCUGGAGGGCAACCACGUCCCCACUGAGCUCCGGCCACGCUACAAACAAUGUCUCUGUCCCUCCAACCUUCCCUCCGAAUGCCUCGCCCGCGGUUUCCGCGAGCGGCCGCGCCCGGAGUUCGACGGGGAGGCGUAUCACGCCGUCAGAGCCGGUCUGGAAGCCGAGGUCUCGCCUCUGCUGGCCGCCGACGCCGCCAUUCAGCGGAGCCCGCCCACGUUCAUCCUCACCUGCGAGUACGACGUGCUGCGGGACGAGGGCCUCCUCUACAGGAAGCGGCUGCUGGACCUGAACGUGGACGUCACCUGGCAGCACGUGCCGGACGGCGUCCACGGCGUCCUCAACUUCUUCAGGCAGCGCUGGCUGGGCUUUCCCUGCGCACAGGGGGUCGUGGACGGCGUCGUCAGUUACCUGAAGAGCCUGUGAUGAUGGAUGCCGGGCUGGACGCGCUUCUGCUUUGCAUUUUAAUAAACAAAAUUGCCCCUGG